AUGGCAUCCUCAAGGCGGCAUAUCAUGGGCCAGGUGAAAAGCACUCUGCAGAUUGGCAGUGACUACAGUGUGAGACCCGCUGGACUGUCAUGGAGAAGCAACACCUUCUUCAUCGUAUCGACGGUGGCCGUGGGAUUGUUCACAGACUUGUUUCUAUAUGGCCUCAUCGUCCCCAUCCUCCCCUACAUGCUGCAGGACCGGGUCGGCCUUCCGGAUGACCAGGUUCAGUCAAACGUCGACGGGUUGCUGGCUGCGUACGCGGGAGCUUCCGUGCUGUUUAGUCCCGUUGCCGGGUAUAUCGCGGACAAGACCUCUACUAGGCAGGCGCCUUUUCUUUUGGGCCUGCUUGCACUUAUGCUUGCAACACUUCUGCUAUUUCUCGGUUCCAACAUGCCAGUCUUAGUCGUGGCAAGACUGCUCCAAGGCAUAAGUGGUGGUUUCGUCUGGACAAUAGGGCUGGCCCUCUGUUUAGAGACAGUGGGGCCUGAGAACCUUGGCAAGACGAUUGGCUCGAUAUUCUCUUUCAUUUCGGUUGGCAAUUUGCUGGCACCUCUGCUCGGUGGCGUUCUAUACGAGAAAACUGGUUACGUCGGUGUCUUUGGUAUUGGCCUGGCUGUAUUAGCUGUUGACUUUAUCAUGCGAGUCCUAGUGAUCGAGAAAAAGGUCGCUAGGCGGUACGACGCAGCAGGUCCGCAGUCUGUGGGCGACCUCGAAGCUAUUGAGAGCAAUAACCAGGAAGGCGAUGAACCAGAACAUGCGAAUAGCGAGCAAGGCGAGGAGGAGCCCCUUCUUGGUAAAAAGGAAAACGAUCUCUUCAAAUUGUCGAAAGAUCAGCCCGCGAUCGCACAGAAGAUCACCAUUCUGCCAUGUAUGACGGAUCCGAGGCUUCUCACAGCUCUCCUCGUCGCAUUUGUCCAAGCACUACUGCUAGGCAGCUUUGAUGCUACGGUCCCCACGACAGCGAAGGAGCUUUUCGGCUUUGACUCGCUCAAAGGCGGACUGCUUUUCCUUCCCCUUGGAGCCUUCGACCUUAUCAUUGGGCCCCUUGCUGGUUGGUUUGUCGACCGUUAUGGGACAAAGCCCUGUGCAGUCAUCGGCUACAGCUACCUCGUGCCCGUGCUCAUCCUGCUCCGCCUGCCUCAACCGGGUGGCAAGGAUCAGAUACUGUUGUUUGGGGGUUUACUUGCGCUCUGUGGGAUCGGGCUAGCCAUUAUUGGUGCGCCAUCUAUUGUCGAAGCAGGAUCCGUCGUACAGAAAUAUUAUGAGGCCAACCCUGACUUUUUCGGCGAUCAAGGGCCGUACGCACAACUAUAUGGCCUGAAUUCGAUGGUUUUCAGUCUCGGACUGGCAGUUGGCCCUCUACUGGCAGGAGAGCUUAAACAGGUACUUGGUUAUGGCAACAUGAAUGUUGUGCUAGCCUCGAUCAGCUUGGCGACGGCUGUGUUAUGUUUUGUGUGGAUCGGAGGAAAGCCAAAAUUUCUCACAGGCCUCGUGUAA